UUUUUUUAUUAUUAUUAUUAUUUUGGAUCAUCCGUCUGUCCUGUCUGGAGUGUGUGCAAGGUCUCCCCUCUUUGCUCUCCACGAAGGAGGAGUUCCCCAAGACUUUGACAGGAAGCUUGAAGAGUUUACACCAAAAUGAAAGUCCAGCUGCUGCUCCUGGUUGCCCUGGCUGGGCCUUUCUGUGCCGUCACAAGUGCAAGCCCCACAUUCCCCACAGAACUACGGUCUGCCAGUCCUGAGGAGAAUCAAACGCCAUCUGCUGACAGUCCAGUGUUGGGUCCAGUCACUGAGGUCAUCACAGGCCCACCUCCAACACUACCCGAAGUUCUCCCUGAAAUCCUAUCCGAGACGCAGCCUGCUACCACCGCUGCCCCAACCGCAAAAGAUGAGUCCUUCGUGUUCACCGAAAGUCGAGGCAUCUUUACCGAGCCUGUGACGGAGGCGGCGACUCAGGCGGCUGAAACGGAAGCUCCCGCUGAGGAAACGGAAGCUCCCGCCGAGGAAACGUCUGCUGCGGAUGCGGUGACCAACCCUCCAGCUCUAGACUCUGAAACACCUGCUGAAUCAGUCGAAGAGCAAACAGAGGGCCUGCUGGGUGACGAGGUGACUGUUGACGAAGAGUCUUUGAGUUCUGGCCAGAUAAUUGGCAUCGUGAUUGGCGCCCUGCUGGCCGUGGUGAUCGUCAUCGCCGUGGUGAUUGCGGUGGUCAGGAGGAUGGGCAAAUACUCGUCUGCCAAAAGCAGAAAAACUGCCAAAAAAGACAGCGCUGUGGUUUCUCCCCUGAGGAAGAAACCGUCCAAGCAGAAACAAAGUGCCAAGUUCUGGAGAAACUGAACUACUGAACUGUGCCAUCACUUUAAAAAGAAAAAGAAAUUGUUACAACAACCAGAACUAAAUUAGCCUAACCAGGACUCUGAACUGAUGCCUACCUAAGAGGCGAAGGGAGAUUUGUGUGUGAUUGUAUAUACUGCAUAAACUUUUUGUGAGACAAGGGGGUACAUAGGGCGCCGUUCUCCUGCUUACCGUCCUGAUCCAGAGGAGCUGCUAACAUUCAAAGCUCUGUUUCUUUUAAACCCCUUAAGAGGACAACGAACAGAAAAAAAAAUGAUUUUUUUAAUGCAUUUCACAGAAAAGUCCUCUCUGACUAAAUAUUAACUAAUCAUUUUUUUAAGUUUCAAAAAGGAGAAUGAAAAGUGAUAACUGGGAAGGGGUUAGGAGUCAGUCAUUUUUGUUGCAAAUUUCACAGUAUGUUUGUAUUUAUAAUAUAAGGGCAGCCCAUAGUAAACCGCCUCUAAGGCCUUUUUUCUUUCAUAGCAGUUUGCAUAGGAUAGCAUGACAUAGGAAUACACGGUAUGUGCAGGCCACUGUGUGCUACUGUUGUGUCUAAAGCACCCACGCAGCCUUGUUUUAGUCAGUUUCACCAGCAAACAAAAUACCUGACAUGUCGGCCGACUGUAUGACGCUCAGAGCAGAAGUUGCUGGAUGAUCCCAGUAAAUUUAUGAAAAAAUGUAUCCUCGUUUGCAGAGAGACUUAAACCUCGGCAGAAAAAAAUGCUACGUUCACACCGGGCAUGUGAUGUUCAAGAACCCAUAAGGUGUUCACACUGGACUGUCGCUACCUAAAUAAUCACAGUUGGAGGAGGGUUGGUGUGAAAUGUCAACGCGAUGCAAAUCUUGCUUUUUCUUUCACAGCUCUAUUCCCAUACAUGAAAGACUUGGUGUCGUAUGAUUCUGGCCGGGCACAAACUGCAAUUAUUAAUUUUCAAACAGUGGAAAAGGAGGCUAUCAACAUGGCACUACCAAAUCCAGGUCCCUGAUUGGUCAAAAGUUCAUCUUGCAAUGUGUUUUAUAUGUAGAGCCAAAAAACAGACUUGAAAGUCCCACUCCAACCAUAUGUUUUUCUAUCGUAAAAUCGUUCCCAGUGAUUUUUUAAUUAUGAUUAUGCAGUUUUUAGCCCAAAUCAAAAUGCCUGAACCCAGAUACCCAAAACGCAUGUUUACACAGACUUUUCACUAAAAGCGGUCGCUCGAACGAGCGUUUCCGAGCCCGUUGUGAACGUAGCAUAAUGCAUAUAUCUGUGAAAUUUAGCGGAAGGGUUUGCGCCACUGUCUCUGGUAUUCUCUUGCUCGUUGCGGGGAUGUAACUUUUGAAGUGCAUUAUUGAUGUGACUUGACUGUGCUUUAACUAACACCCAUUCCAAAGAUGACUACUCUGAGGGCCCCUGGCUUUCACUCCGCCGGCGGUUGUCAGACUUAACGACAGAAUCGCCGUGCCACGGUAUUCCUAGUUCGGCGUUACUAGUUCCAGAGCAGCCCUGUUACUGUCAGUAACCCCAGAUUGCACGCACAGCCCUAGAUUUUAUAGUUGCUUUCAUUAUUAGCCAGUUAAUUUUCAUUGUGAGCAUACAAAUAGUCUCAGCUUACCCCUGCCUGCUUUUUAAACUUAUUUAAUGUGCACUGAAUAGAUGUAAUGUUUCAUGAUGAAUAGGCUUUAGACUCUGCAGAUGUUUGCAACGAGACGAACUUGUUUUCUCCCUUCUGCUUCGCCAUAUAUCAUUACUUAAAGGUUUUUGAUUUGUGCCAUAUGAUUUCAUUCAAACCGUUUAUUUAAUUGCAGUGUUUUGUUCAUACUGUUCCAAUAAAAAAAACCCUGAAAAUAUCUCACAG